AUGAAAAAGAUUUUCAGGAAGGAACAUGCAUCGGAAAAGAAGGAAGAUGAAGACGAGGAAUUCGAAAGAUCCACUCGUCACUGCCGCUGCAAGCACUGCCCCAUUAUACAUCGCAAGAAGCUCACUGAAAUUGAUAUCGACCGACUAGAAAAAAAACUGAAAACGGUUCAAUAUAAGAUUGAUGAGGAUGUAGAUCAGCAGCUCAGGGAACUCGCCGAAUUCGUUCAUAUUAAAACGAUUUCCGACGACGUUGAAUGUCUCAAGGAAACGGUUAAAGCGAUAGAUCUGAUGGCUAAUAAGUUAGAAAAGUUGAAUUUUAAGGUGGAAGAAUUUCAAAUUAACCAAAGGACAACAACUUGUGCUGAAGUGCCACCCCAAAAAGUUUUAUUUGCCACAUACUUCUCUUCGCCCACAAAGAACACGCUUUUACUCUACCUUUUCCUAGAUGUAUUUCCCACAGAAGAGGAGAAUUCCUGGUUCAAGAAUCCCUUCUCGCUGAGUGAUAGCGACGGGAUUCUAUAUGGACGAGGCGUUACUGCCGGCAAAGGACCCGCAGUCUGCUGGCUACAAACGUUUCGCACCUGGAAAAAUUUAUACCACGAUUUGCCCGUGAAUAUCAAAAUAAUUUGCGAGGCCAUGCACGAGGUGGGCAGCGUAGGAGUUCAUCAGAUUGUGGAGAGCAGGACGAACUUUUUUGAUGACGUUGAUUACGUAAUUUUCUCGUUUAAUUCUUGGCUAAACGACGAGAGACCCGUCAUUUCUUGCAGUCUGUGUGGCUGGGCCAGUUUUGGCCUUGAGGUGAGGGCCGGUAACAAAACAUUGGACAGCGGCAUUGCUGGUGGUCUAGUCUAUGAGCCAAUGACCGACCUAUGUCACUUGAUGAACUCCCUAGUCGAUGAUCGCCACAGGGUUUUGGUACCCGGCAUAGAUUCGAUGACCCGCCCAAUCGGUCAAUACGAAUGGCAAUUACUGCACCAGGCCGAAUAUGGUGAGUACUUUUAUGCCUACAAGGAAGUGCUCGAUGUCCGCAGACUCAAGCACGAGGUGACCAAGAUCGAGCUAUUGCGGAAUCGCUGGUGCAAGCCCUCGCUGACCAUGCAUGGGGUUGAGGGCUGCUACAGUGGUCAUGGCUCCCAGUGUGCUCUGCCACUAACUGUGAUUGGCAAAUUCACUAUCAAGCUUCUGCCCGACCAAACAGUGAGCCACAUUCACGUCUACGUCCAGGAGUAUCUUAAUUCCAAGCACGCUGAGCUAAAGUUGCUCACGGACAUGCACCUUAUGGUGAUCGAUGGCUGUGAUCCAUAUUUGUGGUCCAUGGAGUCAAAGCAUAUGCAUGGCAUCCGAAAUGCUGUAAGCAGCGUCUUUAGAGUAGAGCCUAAGAUGUCCAGCCUCAUCUGUCCCUGCCUGCCCAUGGCCAGCUUCAUUCGUAAAACAACAAAGAAAACUGUCAUUGUGAUCCCAUUCACCAAUCGUGCCGAUCGACGAAUGCAAAUCAACGAGUCCAUACCCAAGUCCCGCUUCAUAAACAACACAAAAAUGUAUGCUGGCGUGCUCCAUGAGCUCUCACUUAUGCCCGUACGCUGCAAGUGCGAUGUUAUCCGCGACUAUUGCCUCCGUCGGGGCUUUGGGGAAAUAUUGGACCAUCAGAUGCUGCCGCGGCAAUCGGCACCACCAAAGAAAAUGAAGAACCUUCGCCGAAUGACUAAUAUUAAGACGCUCACUGUAUUGCCCCAAGACUAUCAGGAUAGCAACACAAAAUCGAAUGAUGCACCCACUACGAAACGGAGAAAGAGUAGCUUCAAGAAGCUCCUAUUUCGUCCCACGAACAUCUUGAAGAGUAGUAAAUAA